GCAUAUGAAGAAUAUCGCCAUCGUUCGUCCAUCAGUCUAGAUCUUGACUUUGUUGUAUAUAUUUCCUAUUGCAGGAAAAGGACGUCGACCUCCUUUUGGUAGACUCGGGGGAUCUACAUGACGGAACUGGGCUUUCUGAUGGUUACCCCCCCGGCGGUGUCGACGCGCACGAGGUCUGUUGUUCUAUUGCUGAUACAUAUCUCGAAAUUGAUACCCUAUAUGUGUAUUCAAAAGUCAAACAAGUUUCUUGAACGCCUUCCAUACGAUGUCAUGACUAUCGGAAAUCAUGAACUGUACAUCUAUGCGGAUACAUACGACAUGUACACGAACUUUGUCCCUCAUCUUGGUGGGCGGUACUUGUCUUCCAAUGUCAACAUCACUGUUUUCAAUUCGGAUGGCGAGCCUGAGAGUGUUCCAGUCGGCAACCGCUUCACCAGGUUCACCACAAGGAAAGGCCGUCGCAUCACUUCUCUUGGAGUCCUGUAUGAUUUUACUGGAAAUGACGUGAACACGACUGUACAAACUGUGGCCGAUAUGGUCAAUGAGCAAUGGUUCGCCGAGGCCAUCGCGGAAGAACCUGACGUGUUUGUACUUAUUGGCCACAUGCCAGUUUCCUUUGAUAACUGGCCUACUGUGUUUGACGCUGUUCGAGCUGUGCACCCUUUGACGCCCAUCUUAAUCUUCGGAGGACAUAGCCACAUCCGUGAUUGUCAACAGUAUGAUAGUCGUUCUAUGGCUCUCGAGAGUGGACGCUACAUGGAGACAAUCGGCUGGAUGAGUGCGGACCUUGAAGCUGCCACGGGCAACGCCAACAAUAUUUCUUUCACAAGAAGAUAUCUGGACCAGAACCGUGUGACUUACGAGUACCACGCCCAAAUGUCAAACCAAACAUUUGACACUGCCUACGGGCGCUCGAUCACCGAUGGCCUGCAGGAGCUCGCGGUCAGCUUUGAUUUAUCCUAUCUGUAUGGAACAUCUCCACAAGAUUAUACCAUCAACCAGAACCCAUAUCCUUCCAAUGGAUCCCUUCUAUCUCUUUUUAUUGCGGAUGCUGUUCCAUACGCUCUCUCCAUUAACAACACGCGUGAUUCCAUCCCAGCCAUAUAUAUCACCAACUCAGGAUCUCAACGCUUCAACGUCUUCCAGGGACCAUUCACCAAGAACGAUCAGCUCACCGCCUCGCCAUUCACGGAUUCAUUCCUGUAUAUCUCCAACGUCUCAUUUAGCAUCGCAAACCAGGUCCUUCCAGCUUUGAACAACGCGGGUGCAGAUGAGAAACGGAAGCGAGAUGAGAUUGAAAAGGAACUUUGGAGCCGUGGGGUUGUUGAUACUCGGUAUAAAGCCUGGUUAGAGGAGAUGGAUCGACGUGCUGGAAUUGGUAGACGAGAAGCAACGGCAGGCAAUUUGACGCUUGGAUAUGUCACUGCUGAUUCAUGCCCCGGUGCUGGGGACGACACGCUGCACUUGGCGUUACCCUACUAUUCGGUUCCAGACUUUAUCGGCUCGAAUCCUCCUAACGUGGCCGACGACACGCCUAUUGAUCUUGUCUUCGUCGACUUCAUUGAAGCACAACUCCUUGGCAUUCUCAAUGGCUUGCAGAAUGCGCAGAACUACACUACCGCUGAUGUUUCGCUGUACAGCCCAACGCUGGCUAACGCAGCGCUGGGCCUGUAUGCUCAAGGUGUGUGGAAUUGACUGAACGGCCAGUAGUAUGCCUAUGCUGUGAUCGUAUUUACCUCUUCUCCACAAUCACCUGGCAUCUUGUUAUCUACAAGAGUACAUUCUGAGUCAAUGACACGUGGGUUGUACCCCGAAGCCUUGCAUAUUUCAUGCCAACUCCCAGCAUUCAGU